GCCCAGAACGCGCUCCUCCAUCGCUCCCAGUUUCGGUUUUAUUUUGUUUACUUUUUUUCACUCGUUUUUUUUUUAUAUAUAUUUUGUGACCGUGAUCCUGACGACCAGGAUGAGCUAAAAUGCUAACCGUGCUAAAUACAUUAAGCCUGCUGCUGCUUCUUAUGGCUUUGGUAAGGAGCUACGGCAGCAGGAACAUCAUCAGAGUGCGAGCCAGCGGCUUUAUGCCCUACGAAUCGGAUCUUUUGCUGCCCCUGGGCAUACUCCGGCAGCUCCAGUCGCAGGAUCGCUCGUCGCGCUACCAAAGACCGGCACCGAUUCUCAAGCCCCGGGUGAAGCCACAAAUCCGCCUGGAACGGGCCCAUCCCCUGAGAGAGGCCAAGGGCGUUCAGCUGUACAAUCUUAUCGAUGAUGAUGGCGAGCUUCUGCUGAAUCUAAAGGUGCACCAGGAUCAAAAGGGCACUGGCAGUGGCAGUGGUAGUGGGAGUUAUCAGGAAGCAGUUACCAAAGAGAAGAGCAAGUACCAGAGCAAGUUCCAGGACUACGACUCACCCUGGCUGCCCUCCAAGUGGCGGCCCACCAGCGAGUUUCCACUGGGGGUCACCUCUUCCUCGCCACGACCUCUGCCGCUGCAUCAGUAUCUUGGCCAGAGUAACCAGAUAGCCGAGCGGAAUGCGGUCAAGAGGAGGCGCAUGGAUAUGAUGUGGCCACACAAGUGAAGUGAAUUGUUUAAUGAUUUAAAAAUAAAUAUAAAUGUUGAAUUUAUAUACAUAAAUUCUAAAAGAG